UCAUCAUGAUGUUCGAAUGCUUGAUUAUUUAAUGUCAUUGAGAGUUUUUUUUUUUUUUUUUUUUUCUUUGAGAGAUUUCUUUUCCACCAAAAUCAAAUCAGCUGUUGCUUUUUCAUAAGAAAAUGGUUGCAGUGUUCAACAAAGAGCUCCUCAGUUGGUACCUUAUAACGCUAAAACUCAGGGAAACGGUGGAAUCUGCAAUCCCAAAAUCGCCUGCUGGUGGUACCCAGUUGCUUGAAUUUCCAGAAAAGCAUCAGCAGGAGCUGCAAAAGCAACAGACAGCACCAUCAGAUUCACUGCAGAUUGUUAUCAAAGAAGAUGGUGAAAAUUGCGAAGAUGAAACAAAGUCACCUGAUCCUGAAUGGGUGAUAAUCAUCAAAGAAAAACUUGAACAAGCUCGACAAGAUGAUGCAGCAGGUUCUUGGGAAAAGUUGUGCAUCUACAGAGUCCCCCACUACCUCCGAGAAGGAGAUGACAAGGCUUACGUCCCUCAGAUUGUUUCCUUGGGGCCUUACCACCAUGGAAAGAGACGCCUACGCCAAAUGGAUCGCCAUAAAUGGCGUGCUCUUCACCAUAUACUCAAGCGUACUGAUAAGGAUAUACAACAGUUUCUUGAUUCUAUUACAGAACUUGAAGAGAAAGCUCGUUCAUGUUACGAGGGCUCCAUCGGUCUUAGCAGCAGUGAAUUUGUUGAAAUGAUGGUUCUUGAUGGUUGUUUUGUGCUCGAACUCUUCAGAGGUGCUGCUGAAGGAUUCAAGCAACUUGGGUAUUCUAGAAAUGAUCCCGUUUUCGCAAUGCGUGGCUCGAUGCAUUCUAUUCAGAGAGAUAUGAUAAUGCUAGAGAAUCAGAUUCCAUUGUUUAUUCUUGAUCGGUUACUGGGACUUCAGUUUGAUGAUCCUGAUCAGAAAGGACUUGUAGCUAAACUUGCUCUCGGAUUCUUUGAUCCACUAAUGCCAACAGAUGAGCCACUAACAAAAACUGAGAAGAACAAAUUGGAGUCUUCUCUAGGAUAUGCAACUGCUUUUGACCCAUUAGCAGAUCAAGGAGAAGUUCAUUGUCUCGACGUUUUCCGACGAAGUCUCCUGCGAACAGGGCCUAAACCCAUUCCCAGAAUUUGGAUAAAGAGAAAGCCAAGUGCCAAUCGAGUUGCUGACAAGAGAAGAACACAACUGAUCCAUUGUGUGACAGAACUGAGAGAGGCAGGCAUCAAGUUCAAGAAAAGGAGGACUGAUAGAUUCUGGGACAUAAAAUUCAAGAAUGGUGUUCUCAGGAUUCCUCGUCUCUUAAUCCACGACGGAACAAAAUCACUCUUCCUCAAUCUGAUAGCAUUUGAGCAGUGCCAUUUGGAUUGCAGCAACGACAUAACCUCGUAUGUCGUUUUCAUGGAUAAUCUAAUCAACUCACCCGAGGACGUGGCGUAUCUUCAUUAUUGUGGGAUAAUGGAGCAUUGGCUUGGAAGCGAUGCAGAAGUUGCAGACCUAUUCAACAGGCUCUGUCAAGAGGUGGUUUUCGAUAUAAAUAAUAGUUAUCUUUCGAGGUUGUCUCAGGAUGUAAACCAUUAUUACAAUCACAGAUGGAAUACUUGGCGUGCCAGUUUGAAACAUAACUAUUUUGGGAAUCCAUGGGCAAUAAUCUCAUUAGUUGCUGCUGUUGUGCUGCUUUUACUUACUUUCACACAGACAUUCUAUGGAGUUUACGCUUACUACAGGCCAGGUUCUUGACUGGCUCUCUUCUUCAUCUUUUUGACUUUGGAGACAAAUGACUUGCAUACCAUACACUGAAUUUCCUUUUUUUUUUUUUUAAAGAAACUGUUUAGUCUACAAGCAAAGUUUACUGGAUUUUCAUUUUAUACAAACAUAGUCAUUUGGAAGACUAUUGAUCUAUUGAUCAAUUAUAAUGAAUGUAU